GAUUUUGUUUUUUUAUUUUAGAAAGCAAACGUGUUUAAUAAUUUGUAACUCCUAUUUUUAUAAUGCUACCCAAAACACCGAAGCCCGCGCUGUGGAAAUUCAUCAAGGGAAGUGCCAAGACCUUGUUUGUACUGGAGGCAGUUUGUUUUGCGGCCAGCUACGGUGUAUAUUAUCGCAUGAACACAAAUCGAGAGUUCCGCCAGCACAUCCACGAGAACUAUCCCUUUGUACUGGAUUAUUACUAUAAAAUCGGUGAAAUUGUAGGCGAUUCGACAGUUCGACAGUCGGAUGCGAGUUAUUGGAGCGCCCUGAAGAAAAGCGAUUAGAAACCCCAUUCAAAGAUGCUCAGUAAUCCAUAUUUUAAGUCCCUAUUAUGGCUAAUUGGCUUUGGUGGCAUGGGCUAUGGCUUAAUGCUGCUAACCGAACCGAAUGCCGAUAAA